GUUUUAAUGGUGUAAAAUGAUUGUUCUAUGGAAGAUGCAGGUAAAAUGAACGAACAUAAGUCAAUGUCAAUGUGAUUUUUGCAGUUGCAAGUUGCAAGUCAACAUGGAGUUGAGGUUGUAAGGCAAUAAUAACAAAACGAUUUAUUAUAAGUUAUUAUUAAACAUGAAAUGCUUGUUUAAUUUGUUUUCAUGCAACUGUAAUCUCUUAUAACAUAAAAUGUCUUCCAAAAGCGAAUUAAAAAAGUUAUCAGAAGAAAGUUUGACCCGUCAACCAGAGGAAGUAUUUGAUAUAAUAUGCAAGUUAGGGGAGGGAUCCUAUGGAAGUGUCUACAAGGCACUUCACAAGGAAUCAGGACAAGUCCUAGCAAUAAAACAAGUACCUGUAGACACAGAUCUUCAAGAAAUUAUAAAAGAAAUCUCAAUCAUGCAACAGUGUGAUAGCACCUAUGUUGUCAAGUAUUAUGGAAGUUAUUUCAAAAAUACUGACCUAUGGAUUGUUAUGGAAUAUUGUGGAGCUGGAUCUGUAUCAGACAUAAUGCGAUUAAGAAAGAAGACCUUGGAUGAAGAUGAAAUUGCUACAAUUUUGGGUGAUACUCUGAAGGGCCUGGAAUAUUUACAUUUAAGGAGAAAAAUACACAGAGAUAUUAAAGCAGGAAAUAUUUUAUUAAAUUCUGAAGGACAUGCUAAGCUAGCCGAUUUUGGUGUGGCUGGACAGUUGACUGAUACUAUGGCCAAAAGAAAUACUGUGAUUGGGACCCCAUUCUGGAUGGCACCUGAAGUAAUUCAAGAAAUAGGUUAUGACUGUGUGGCAGACAUAUGGAGUCUCGGAAUAACUGCCUUAGAAAUGGCCGAGGGCAAACCACCUUAUGGGGAUAUUCAUCCUAUGAGGGCUAUUUUUAUGAUACCCACGAAACCUCCCCCCUCUUUCAGAGAGCCAGACAAGUGGAGUGCUGAAUUCAUAGAUUUAGUUAGUAUCUGUUUAGUCAAAGACCCUGAAGAACGUGCCUCUGCCAGUGAUUUGUUAAAUCACGAAUUUAUUAAAAAUGCCAAACCACCGAGUAUUUUAAGUAGUAUGAUACAAGAAGCUCAUGAAAUAAGAGAGAAUCAAAGCUAUAAGAAUUUAAACUCAGUUGCAAAUGUACAGGGACUGAAUAAAAAUAUCAACGAAGAAUCAGAUGACGAGGUUGCCUUAGUAAGUCAAACUAUGGUUUCAUGUGCAGAUGAAGGUACUUUAGUUCCUAGCAAAGGCGGUACUUUAAUACCAAUGUCACCUAGUGGUACCCUGGUAGAAAUUGAAUCCGAAUUAGGAACCAUGGUUAUUAAUAGUGAUGUAGAUGAUCAGACAAUGAAACGUCAUGAUACAAGCUCAGUGCAAGGAGGAAAGAAGUACAGACCAAUGUUUUUGGACCAUUUUGACAAAACGGAAGCGGAAAUUAAGCAGGGUAAUGGUAUAUCGAGUCCUAUAACACUAGAGAGCACAGAAUUAACUGAUGGACAACAAAACUACCAGAGCAAUAUUCAAGUAAAACUCACUGAAUCACCUACACCACAACCCACACAAGUACAACCUAUAGAACAAAGACCUCAAUAUCACCAAGUUUUUAAUGAUGGAGAUUUUGAAUUUCUAAAGUAUUUAAGUUAUGAGGAAUUGCAACAGAGGAUGAAUACUUUAGACUCAGACAUGGAGAGAGAGAUAGACGAACUUCGAAAGAGAUACCAAGUUAAAAGACAACCGAUCUUAGAUGCAAUGGACACAAAACGUAAAAGGUCUCAGAAUUUUUGAAGAAUUCUUAACCAUUAUUGAUUCUUUUUUGGGUGCUCAAAACAUUGCGUUUACAUAUUUUGAAUUGAAUAUCGUUUUGCCAUUGGAUUUAUUAACUACACAUUGUACGGCAGAAACCAUUCCUAUAAAAAAAUCCUAAGUAGAAUAUUUUUGUUUACAAGUCAAAAUUUUUAGUGUCUAUUUCAAUAUUUUGAGUUGUACCUUUUAUAUGUAGGUAUAUCGAAUGUGUAGUUAAUCAGUUUCUGUCCAGUAAACGUGUUGGCAAAUUAUGACAAAUUUUUUUUUUACAUUUUGUUGAUCUCAAUCGUUAAGUUUAUAGUAUAUCGUAUUUACAUAAUCAGUACUUAUUACAUUCAUUUGCGAUUUGUACAAAAUGGGUCACAGAAAAUGUCGUCUUUUUUGGAAUUGAGAUAUAAGAAAAAAUACUGUUACUAUAAUAAUAUAAUUUGCUUGUUAAAUAAUAUACUAUUAUUUCCCUCGCAUUGGACUUAAAAAAAUUGACGUUCUAUAUUCCAUCGUUUUUGUUAAUAUCAAUUUUCAAUUCAUAUGGGUUCCAAUAAUAAAGUCAUUAAGUUUAGGUCUUGCAUACGAAAGGUACAAAGUUUUCAAAGCAAAUUAUUUAUUGUGAAGCCCCGGGGUCACUACAUUUCUUUAGAAAACCCCCACUCAUAAUAUUCGACACAAUAGUCCACUAUGAUUGAAAUCCGAAUAUAUCACAACAUAAAUUAUUGUUAAUAAUAAUAAAUUUAUUAUUUACCAAAACAAAAAACUUAUUACAGAUGUUUUAAAAUAACAAACAUUGGUAAAUAAAUGAUACAGUAUUAGGUUCAAAAACCGAUUCUUCCAUACUGCCCAUUGAAAAACAAAUUAAAAUGAGUUCUAUAAUGCUAUUGGAGCCCAAAAUUAAAAUUCUCAUUUAAUAAAACAUUAAAAAAAUCUCAACUAAACUGAAUAUUCAUAUAUGUUACUGUCAGUUUAUUUGUUCUGCUAAUAACUUAAGUUUUUUUGAAACAUUCUAUUGAUACACUAUAAAAUGGUACAUCCAGCAGAUUUCCAUAACAAAAUAUUUGAUAAGAGAAGGAUCUUUUAAAUAAUUCUUUAUUAUAAUACAUCGCCCAUCAAAUCCUACAACGAUCCAUGUAAAUUAAAGAGCAUUCACAUGGUCUGCUGUGGAAUUCAAACUUGAUAUUGACGGAUUGGAAUACCUGUACUACAAAAUUUGACUGAUGGGACCUAUGGUGUUCAGUUAAAGCUAUUCUAAUAUCUUGGAUAAAUUUGACAGGGUGUGAAGUUUGAUUUAUAAUUAUUUAUAAACAAUCUCCUGAUUUAAAAACAGGGAUAAGAUAUAGUGGAUUUUUUCUGUUUUAAGAUUAUUACCAAAUCAUUAUAUCACGCUAAUUUAACAAAAAAAAAAAAAAAAUUAAAAGGCUUUCUACAUACAAAAUGGUUCUUGAAAAAGGUUAUUUUUUUAGAUCCUCACUAUAAACGAUGGAAUAUUAUCAGAACAGAAAUCAUCUUAUUUUCAUGUCGACUAGUUGCAAUGACAAUUUAUUUAAUGAAAUCGAAAUUUGUUAUAAAUUGCUAAACAACUUACUGUUUCCGUAUUACGCCAUAUUAUAUCAUAGACAUAUUCUGAAUUAUUGUUCUGUUCCUAAGAUGUUGUACUUAAUAGAUUGGUUGAAUUUUAUUUGACAUACUCACAAAUGGCACUAGAUGUUAAUUAUGAAUGGUGAUAUUUUUCCAGUGUUGAACUGACUAGUUCAGGUGUCUUAAUUUGGAUGUUUAUUUUCAUAAAUUAUACAAGGUGACCCGAAAAUGCCAAGCAAUACUUCUAGGGGUGAUAUGAACUCCUAAAAAUAGAUAUACUUUUUAAAGAUAAGUAGUUUUUCAAGAAUAUCUUUCGAACCGAAUAACGCAUCAAAUUCAAAUUUUAAAUAGUAUUUUACGGUACUAAGAGUAGUUUCACAUUUUAUUUUGAUUAUUUUAAGGGAUCAGUUAUCCCUUUUUAGAUAUAUUUGUUUUGUUUUUCCUUAAAAAUGUGCCCUUAAUGUAUCAUUCAAAAACUAGUCAUUUCUAUGUAACUGAGGAUAUAUUGUGUGUUUUCUAUCACCCCUUGAAAUAUUCUCGACAUUUUUGGUCCGCCUUGUAUAAACCAAAAUUAUUUUAGGAGUGUGUAUUCAAGAUACACCAAUUUUUUAUUAAUUUAUAUUUGUUUGAAGAAAAGUUGGAUUUAUAAUUAUAUGAAUAUACCUUAAUAUUUAAUAUCUUAGGAUAUUAGGACUAGCUAGUUCAAUACUGCUUCUUUAUUAAAUAGAAAAUGUAAGAAAGUUUGCAGUAAAUAAACAGCGAUUUUUCUAAUUAUUUGUGUUGUCUGAAUAAAAACCAAUGUAUAAUUUUUUAAUGAUUUAUAUAGAAUUUUUACAAUAAGUUUCAGAAAAUUGAUUUUUUUUUUUUUUUGUGUAAAACUAUUCGCCUAGACAGUUUUUUUUUUUGAGAAUU